UCUCAGGAGGGGAAACUGGAGGCGUUAAGAGACCCGGUAAGAGCGAAGGCUUGAGAGCCCCGCCCUGCGCUUCCCUAAAGGUUAGCACUCUAACACAAUUCCCGCCGUGGCCCACACCUGCACGCCCUGGCGAGUAACAAUUGGCCAGCUUCUCCUCCAGUAAGAGCGGCUCUGCCAAGACUCCGCGAGCGGGCGGGGCUCCGAGCCUGGCCUCCCAAGGUUCUAAGACUCUGGGAGCCGCCGCACACAGAGCCGCUUCCUGAGCAAGGAGGAAGGAGGAAGAGGGGGGAAGGAGCUCACAUCCAGGGCACACCCAGCCCGAGCCUGGCGCGCCUUCUUUCCGCACAAGCUACCCGGCGGCAGGCAGCGGGCGCGCAUGGACCCUCCCGUUAGGCCAAAGCAGCCCGCGCUCGCCCAGAUGGAAAUCUCGCCGAACCACUACGCAGCUUCCAGGGCGGCCUCGGUGGCGGAGAGUUGCAUCAACUACCAGCAAGGGACGCCCCACAAAGUGUUCCUGGUGCAGGCUGUACAGCAGGCCCACAAGGAGGAUAUUCCAGGAGGAGGACAUAAGUAUCAUCUUAAAUUCUCUGUAGAAGAAAUUAUCCAAAAACAAGUUACGGUGAACUGCAAAGCUGAAGUACUUUACCCUCCAACGGGACAAGGUACUGCACCAGAAGUCAACUUCACAUUUGAAGGAGACAUUGGGAAGAACCCAGAUGAAGAAGAUAACACAUUUUAUCAAAGACUCAAGGCCAUGAAGCAGCCACUAGAAGCACAAAAUAUUCCAGACAGCUUUGGAAAUGUGCCUCCACAAAUGAAGCCAGUCCGACACUUAGCCUGGGUUGCCUGUGGUUACGUAAUAUGGCAGAAUUCUACUGAAAACACAUGGUAUAAAAUGGCAAAAAUUCAAACUGUCAAGCAAGUGCAAAGAAAUGAUGACUUUAUUGAAUUGGACUAUACCAUUCUACUUCAUGACAUUGCUUCGCAGGAGAUUAUUCCUUGGCAAAUGCAAGUUCUUUGGCAUCCACAUUAUGGUACUAAAGUAAAGAAUAGUAACCGUCUCCCAAAAGAAGUAACUCUGGAAUAAACAAAGACCCUGCAUGGAGAUGACACCUAACCAUGCCUCUGGAAGAUGUAUAUGCCAGUCUUCAUUGGUGUCUAGUCUAAGGGGCCACACAAAUCCCUCAGUGUCACCUUGUACAAUGUCUUAUGUACCUUAUGCAACUAUAUAUAGUCAUAAUAAAAGAUGUCUCUAUGUAAAAAUAUCUUUACAAUAGUAAUAAUGCUAUGUGUACCCCAUAAUAAAGUUCUAAUUUCAGUCU